AGGUAAUAGCAAUAACCAAUAAGAACGCUGCUUGCAUUAGCCAAUGUGCAUCGGGUGCUCGUGCCUGAGCCCAGCCCUGGGCCUGCCUCACUUCACUUUAUUCUCCCACAGCCCCUGGCACUGCCCAGUUCCCGCUUCAUAGAGUCAGAGACUGAGGCUCUGGGACAGUGGUGCCAUGUCUAAGGCCACCCAGCCCACGCCCUGGAGAGGGGCUGCUGCUGGGUGGGGGCAUGCAGGGACCCCCCCACUCACGUCACCCUCAGCUCUGCUGCCCCCAAUGCCAGGUGAUUCCACUGCUCAGAGUGGGAGUGGAAAGGGGGCCAUAACACCCAAGGUCUGAGGUGGGUGGAGGCCCUUGUAGGGGGAGGCAGGCGACACCACUCCCAACCUGAGGGAAGGGGCUGCAAUCUGGCGGGCCACCGACUUCCCUGCAUGGUUCGCUGCAAGCCCAGCAGAAUCAUCCUGGCCCCACUCUGCCCCUGGGGAAGAAUGGGCCCCUCUGUCCACAGGCCCCUGCAACGUGCCCAGCAUCCUGACGGCUGUGGGGUCUCUUCUGCAGGGUCCUGCCUGUUGCCCAUUUCUAGUGGGCAGGGGCACACAAUGGGGUCUCUAAGGACCGUUUCCCGCCACUGGCCUCAUUGUCGCUGCCCCCGCCUUCCUCUCCAGCCUCAGCCACAUAAAGGGCCAGCGCAGUCUGGACAAAGCUGACGGUCCUGAGGCUGAAAGGCCCCAGGAUGGGGGUGCACGUGGGACUACUGAACCCAGAGGGAGCUGACUCUGCUGACCCAGCCCCACAGCUCCUGGGAAAGAGGGCCACAGCUCAGGUCUGGUGGGGUGCCUGGGCUGAGUCCCAGAAACAACUUCCCAUCUCUGCCUGGCAGCCCUCACUGGAGAAGGGGCCCCGCCAUCCCGCAGGCAGGAACUGAGGCUGGGAGAGGAACAAGGAUACACAGGGCCACUUCUGCCAGAUUUGGCUGAUAUAGGUACCUCAUGUGGCCACACCCUGUGUGGACACUGCAUCACUCCAGUGGCUGCCCUGGAGUUUCCGUGGGGCGGGCUGUCUAAGGCUACACUCGUGUCGGGUACGCAGUCCUUUCACUUGGACGGGCCCCUUGCUGUGGGGACUGGUGAGAAUUGUGGGUGGGAGCAUAGUCACCCUGGAUGGUAGGCUCCCCUGGGCUCCUCCCACCGUCUGCUGUUCCUGAGGCUCCUUGCUGUGCCCUUUCGCAUCCCCAAACUCAAACUGGCACGCAUGGAUUGUUCAGAGCUCAGGCACCAGACCUCCUCUCCACGCACAUUUCGACAUUCCCUCAUUGGAGAACUGGGCCAGCCUUCUGGCUUUAAAUACCAUCAACAUGCUGAUGACCCCACAUUUGGAUCUCUAGCCUGGACCUCUCUCCUGGACUGCAGACCGUUGUAACCCUGUUUCCCCCUCCCCCCACCACGGAUUAUCUCAGUAGAGACCAGAAGAGGAGGAGGUGAGUGUGCUCUCCUGCCAUCCUCCUCUCCAUCUUGGGAGGCUUUUGCACUGCCCAUGCAGACCCCGACCCGAGGAGGGUUUCCCCUCCAGUGCUGAGGAGCACCUCACCCUUGGCUCUUGCCCUAAUUCUCUGGCCAGCUCCCCACAGCCUUGUUUGGACAGAGGCCCAUGGCCACACCCAGUGUGGUCACUGUGGACUACCUCUGGGACCAUCUGUCCAGAAAAAUGUAGGGCAUCUUCUCUGGGCUGGGCCCUAGGCUGGACACUGGCCUCUGCCCACCUGCCCCAGGAAGCGCCUCCUAUGCACACACCCUCCUCCAGAGAAGGUGUUGGCUUUGCAACCAGCAAAAGGAGCAGAAAGGGCAGAAGUGGGUGUGGCUGACAGGGCCAGAGGAGCCCCAGAGUGCUCUGGGAGGAGCCUGGAAGGCUUGGGCCAGGGGCUUCAUGCCUGCCCACAGGGGAGUGGCCAAGGGGAAACGGUGUGGGUGAGCAUGAGGGCUGGGGCUAUGGGAGCAGGUGCCUCUGGGGCACCUCUGGGCAUGUGCACUCACACAGGUAUGCACUCGAGUGCCCAGUGCCCAAAGGUGAGGAGCAGGGUGCAGGUGUGAAGGUGAGGGACUUUUGGGUGUGCACACUGGGGAGUCAGGGUAGGUGCCUUCAUUCAGUCGACCAGCUUCUACUGAGUUUCUUCUAGGUACCAGGUGCUGCUCUAGGCACCAGGAAUAAUACAAGGAACAAAAGAGACAAGAAUGGGAUGCUGUGUAAGCCCAGUGCACAUCCUCCUUUUAUGGGGAGGGCCCAGUGACAGCCAGGAAGGAGACAGGAGGUUCUGAGAUGGGGGUGGGGAGCAGCCCUCCUCCUCUCCAGUGCUCGGGUCUUGGGAGCAGGGCACCAGGGUUUCCUGCCACAGGAACACCUGUCUUUCCCAAGUGGAGGCAGCUGGGGCCAAGUGUGCGGCAGUCUGCACUUGGGGAUGGGGGCAGUGGUCUCCAGUAUGCCUGCAUUGUCUGAAGCAGCCUCCGUCCCUCCUGACCGAUGGCGUGGAUGGAUGAGGAGCCAGCCCAGGCCCUGUGUGCAGACAAGUCUCUGCCACUCAAGGACGUUUGGCCUCAGGGUUGGGUGAGGAGGGGGUCCUGGCUCUGUUCCCCCACUUGCCUCUCCCAUUCCCAGGCUUCAUCAGGUCACUUCCGGGAACUCAAUCUUUCUUCGUGUGUGUGACAUUUUCUGGAGAAGGAAGGUGGUCUCCCCAGCUCCUGGGGCUCUUCCUCCCAUCCCCCUGACUGGGCCAGCUGCCAGAGCGCCCAGCACCUCACAUCCGGCUCCCCUCCCAUGACGCUCAGAGAGAGCCAGCAUGUCUUCUCGGUUCUGCUAAAUUUCUCCUUAUCAACCCCCUCCGCCCUGCCCCUCAGCCAAGCUCAAACUCCCACCACCCCCGCCGAACCCUGCGCAUCCUGCGUUUCCUGCGCACUCGGGCUAACUGCCUUCAGCCGUGGGAGGGGCCCGGGUGGCCUCCCCGCGACUGCUCCUGGGCUUGGCUGGCUAUCGGGGUGUGCGGGACGGCGUCUCCCCGGUGAGCCCUUGCCCCCGGGCUGACCGCCGCCCCUGGGCUCCAGCCACACCGCACGGGCCUCCGCUGCCGGUUAACUGGAUCCACGGCACCGCUUCCCUCGGGCGUCUCCCCGCGCUGGGAUGUGCAGCCCCAGGGGUCCGCAGCGCCCAGGACAGGCCCGCAGCAACCAUCCGCGGCGUGGGCCAACGAAGCUGAGCGACGCGGGCUACAGGCAGGAUGCUGUGCGGCCAGAACCCGCGAGGGUAGCCCCGGACCCCAGGGCUCCGCGGUCCGGAACCCGCGGGAGGGUCCCUGGACCCGGACGGAGCGGAACGCGAGCGGACCAGCCGCUCAGGCUCUCCCGGCCGCUUCCGGUGUCUCGCCGCGGCCGCCUCUUCCGGCGCGGCGCCGCGGGUCUGCCAUGGAGCAGGACGACCCGGCCGAGGCGUUGACGGAGCUGCGCGAGCGGCGGCUAGGCGCGUUGGAGCUGCUGCAGGUGGCGGCGGGCUCGGGCCUGGUCGCCUACGCCGUGUGGGCACUGCUGCUGCAGCCGGGCUUCCGCCGCGUGCCGCUGCGGCUGCAGGUGCCUUAUGUUGGCGCGAGUGCCAGGCAGGUGGAGCACGUGUUGUCGUUGCUGCGAGGCCGUCCAGGAAAGAUGGUGGACCUGGGCUCUGGCGAUGGCAGGAUUGUGCUGGCUGCCCACAAGUGCGGUCUCCGCCCAGCUGUGGGCUAUGAGCUGAACCCGUGGCUGGUGGGGCUGGCGUGGCUGCAUGCCUGGAGGGCAGGAUGUGUGGGCAAUGUCAGCUACCGCCGUGAGAACCUCUGGAAGGUGAGCCUGAGGGACUGCCACAAUGUGUCUGUGUUCCUGGCUCCUAGCGUGCUCCCACUGCUGGAGGACAAGUUACAGGCAGAGUUGCCUGCAGGAGCCCGAGUGGUGUCUGGGCGCUUCCCCCUCCCCACCUGGCAACCUGUGGCUGUACUGGGUGAGGGCCUGGACCGCGUCUGGGCCUAUGAUGUCCACAGUGGUGGGCCGGCUGGGCAGGCUGUCCCAGGGCCUAGUUCUGCCUCCGUACCUGGAGCCCCCAAUUCUCAGGUUGGCUGACUGGACACAAUAAAGACUCAGUGGGUUCCA